GAGGAUUCGCUCAUAGGAAAGGUCAUCUACAAUGAGGGACGAGCUCAGUUAACGGGUUCAUCAAGGAAGUGCAAGUGAACAUUUCAGAAGUGUAUUAGAUCUUUUUCCGUCAAUGAAACAUUAAACGCUGGACUUUUCUGAAGGAUGGAGCAGGAACAGCGUAGGUCGACGGGGUCCUUUAGUAUUCAGGACUCGAUACAGUCGUUGACGUCCAGUCUGGGCUCUCAGAGCACUCAACUGAGCAGAUGCACAGUGUCCCCUGCUGCAGAGAGACUACGUCACAUCCUCAGAGAGGAAGAUGAGCCCACACCCACCCUCUUCACUGAGAUGGACACACUGCAGCAUGAGGGUGGAGAGAUGGAGUGGAAAGAGUCUGCCAGGUGGGUUAAGUUUGAGGAGAAGGUGGAGGAGGGUGGCGAGAGGUGGAGCAAACCACAUGUGUCCACGCUGUCUCUGCACAGUCUGUUCGAGCUGCGCACCUGCCUGCAGACGGGCUGCAUCCUGCUGGACCUGGAGGGGUAUUCACUGCCGCAGAUAGUGGAUGACAUUAUUGAAAAGCAGGUGCAGGAGGGUCUUAUAGCUCCGGAGAUCCGUGAGAAGAUCAGUUUUGUCCUCUUGCGGAAGCACCGUCACCAGACCAAGAAGCCGAUCCACCGCUCGCUGGCGGACAUCGGAAAAUCCAGCCCGUCGAACCGCAGUCCGAGCCCGAGUCCUCGCUCUGGGUCGGGUUUCCAUCGCUCCACUGAGGACCUGCGAGCUCGUCAGAGCGGCGGCCUCAGCAAACUGCAUCCUUCUCAGUGCCGCAGUAUGAAUGAUAUUUCCGUCACACCCAGCACCGACCAGCUGAAGAAUAAGUUCAUGAAGAAGAUCCCCAGAGAUGCCGAGGCGUCUAAUGUGUUGAUUGGAGAGGUGGAUUUUUUAGACAAGCCGUUUGUGGCCUUCGUUCGUCUGGCUCAAGCCGCAACACUAGGGGGCCUUACUGAAGUCCCUGUGCCAACAAGGUUUCUCUUUGUGCUGCUCGGUCCCAAUGGCAAAACCAAAUCCUACAAUGAGAUCGGUCGGGCCAUGGCUACACUCAUGGUUGAUGACCUGUUCAGUGACGUGGCCUAUAAAGCCAGAGAUCGUGAGGACUUGAUUGCUGGGAUUGAUGAGUUUUUGGAUGAGGUGAUAGUUCUUCCUCCUGGAGAAUGGGAUCCCAAGAUCCGCAUCGAACCCCCGAAGAAACUGCCUUCAGCAGAGAUGAGGAAGUCUGUUUUCUCUCUGAAUGAGCUGGGGCAGCCAAAUGGGAACGCAGGCGGAGGUGCGGCGUCUGCAGAAGACGAGGCAAUGCCAGCUCCACAUGAACUUGGAGAGGAGCUGAAAUUCACUGGCCGAUUUUGUGGAGGACUGUGGCUGGACAUCAAGCGUAAGGUGCCCUGGAUUCUCAGUGACUUCUAUGAUGGCUUCCACAUCCAGUCCGUCUCUGCGGUGCUCUUCAUUUACCUGGGCUGCAUCACCAAUGCAAUCACCUUUGGAGGACUGCUGGGGGACGCAACCGACAACUACCAAGGUGUGAUGGAAAGCUUUCUGGGCACGGCUUUGGCCGGCGCAGUCUUCUGCUUCUUCGGCGGUCAGCCCCUCAUCAUCCUCAGCUCUACGGGACCGAUACUGAUCUUUGAAAAGCUGCUGUAUGAAUUCAGCAUAAACAAUGACAUAGACUACAUGGAGAUCCGGCUCUGGAUCGGCCUGCACUCCUGUCUCCAGUGUCUGAUCCUGGUGGCCACAGACGCCAGCUACAUCAUCAAGUACAUGACGCGCUUCACCGAGGAGGGCUUCUCCAGCCUCAUCUCCUUCAUCUUCAUCUCUGACGCCCUUAAGAAAAUGAUGAGUAUCUUCAAUUAUUACCCCAUCAAUCGAGACUUCAAGCCAGAUUACAUCACCAGCUACAGGUGUGACUGCCAGGCUCCUGAUCAAGCGUCUCCAUUGGUUCUCAACGCUUCCUCUCCAUUAGGCAUAGAAAACAUCUCUGAUUACUCUAUGUUCAACUUCUCUGCUCUGGACUGGAAUCAGUUGAGUAAGAAAGAGUGCUUGAGGUUCGGUGGUUCCCUGGUGGGCAAAUCCUGCAAAUACGUCCCUGAUCUGGCCAUGCUAUCUUUCAUUUUGUUUUUCGGCACUUACUCCAUGACCAUCUCGCUCAAGAAAUUCAAGGCCAGCCGUUACUUCCCCACAAAGUGUCGCACCUUGAUGGCAGAUUUUUCCAUAAUUGUAUCCAUCCUGGUCUUCUGUGCUCUGGAUUAUGUGAUGUCCUUGGACACUCCCAAACUGCAUGUGCCCACCCAGAUAAAGCCGACUCGGCCGGAUCGCGGCUGGAUUGUUAUGCCCUUUGGGAAGAACCCGUGGUGGAUGUGCGUGGCCAGUUUUGUACCUGCUCUGCUGGUCACCAUCCUCAUCUUCAUGGAUCAGCAGAUCACGGCUGUCAUCGUCAACAGAAAAGAAAACAAACUGAAGAAAGGUUGUGGUUAUCACCUGGACCUGUUCUGGGUGGGCAUCCUCAUGGCCGUCUGCUCCUUCAUGGGUUUGCCGUGGUACGUAGCAGCCACAGUCAUUUCCAUCGCCCACAUCGACUCUCUGAAGAUGGAGAGCGAGUCCAGCGCUCCUGGCGAGCAGCCACAGUUUCUUGGUGUGCGGGAACAGAGACUCACGGGCAUACUGGUGUUCGUCCUCACCGGAGUCUCUGUCUUCCUUGCACCAAUACUGCAGUACAUCCCUAUGCCUGUGCUGUAUGGUGUUUUCCUGUACAUGGGCGUUGCAUCUCUCCAUGGCAUUCAGUUUUGGGAGAGGAUGAAGCUGUUCCUCAUGCCAGCCAAGCACCAGCCAGAUUUCGUGUUCCUGCGUCACGUACCGCUGCGGCGCGUGCACCUCUUCACUCUGGUGCAGAUCACCUGUUUGGCCGUCCUCUGGAUCCUCAAGUCCACUGUGGCCGCCAUCAUUUUCCCUGUCAUGAUUCUGGGCCUGCUGGUCGUGAGGAAGAUGAUGGACCUGAUCUUCUCGCAGCAUGAUCUGGCCUGGCUGGACGACAUCCUGCCCGACAAGGACAAGAAGAAGAAGGAGGAUGAGAAGAAAAAGAAAGAGAAGAAGAAAGCCGGAAAGUCGGAGGAACACAACAACAGUGAUGAAGAGUCAAAGUGUCCCAAAGACUCCCUCCCAUCAGUGAAGAUUCCUCUGAAGCCAAUGAGUCCGUCUUGUUGUCCAAACCCUCCUAAUUCUGACCCCUCCGCCUAACUGAGCAUCACCCUUAUUCCUGCACCCCUGGCGACUCGGACCUGGAUCCGGGCAGACUGACAUCCCUUACCUGAACCCGAAGCAUCCAGCUGAUCAAACACACAAACCACGAUGAGAUACAAACACAGCAUCACUGGCGCUUUCCCAAACACACCAGGCUCACAGAUGUAUGAUAUUUUUACGUACUUUACCAACGCAGCGAGUGACGCACGUUUCCAAACCCACAUUGACCAUAUUGCGCGUGAGUCAUUCAGACCUUGGAUUUGACUCAAGAUCCUUCAGUUAGAUCUAGGCGAGCUGUGCCAGCGUGAACGGCUGAGCUCAUACACACAAACACUUGAGAUUCACCAGAUUCAGCUCUAUUCAGAGAAGACCUGGAAAGACUAAAAUAAGAAGUGGAAGAGGUUUAAACUUAGUUUAUGAUUUUAUUAUCAUAUUGUAUAAAUAUAUUUGAACUGUAUGAUAUUAAAUAUGGAUUUCAUAGAACCUAGUGAGACAAAAGCACAAAUAAAUUCAAUUAUAGUUAGAAAAACAGUGUAUCUAGUAAAUUCAGUUGGAUUAAAUUUGUUGUAUUACAAUUAAAACAUAUAUUCCAAACAUAGAUUCUGAGUUCAUAUUGUAGCAUUUUAUAUUAAAAAAACAGAAAUGUAUAUGUGAGUAAUUUUGAAAUGUUUCCAGACAGUUAUAAAUGAGUCUUUGUGGUCUGUUAGAACAACGCACAGGUUUGUUUUAUUCAGAUUCUGUUUGUUCAAUGUGUUUUGUUCAAAUAAAGAAUGAAAGA